AUGGCAUCCCGCUUUCACGGGUACAUCCCAGUGGGAUGCCUGAUUGGCGACGACAUCGUCAAUCCAUCACGAGAUACAGCGCCGACAGCCCUCCACAACUGGCAUGUACCAGGUGAAGAUACUCUAGUGAAGAGCAGGACGCCCGAGGGCUGCGCGGCGCCUCCGAAUAUCUGUGCCAGGUUCUUGAUCCGAGAUGGCCUCUCACGUCUCUAUGAAUCAAAUUGGAUCAAAUUGGAGCACAUCGCACCACCCGGUUCAGCAGAGGUUCUCAGGAUAUACAUCCUUCCCGACGACGUUGACAACAAUAAUGUCCCGAGAUCAGAUGUCAAACUGCAGAAGGACCGUCGAGCCCUCUUUACUAGGCUCGACUUUUCUACAGAAGCGUGGAGUGGCAGACCUGGGACAACCCCUCGAUCAAGUCCAGAGCCCGCAGAAUCCACCACCGAAGAAGAGCUUUCUUUGCUAGACAUGUUCAACAACAUUCCAUCUCCUGACCCGGACCCAGACACGAUUGUUGACCCUGCCAGCCGGGAGUCAGUCGAUCAAUUACUCGCCAGCAGAGUCAAAGGUCUCAUAACAUCACUCUAUCUCUACCAGCGUCAAUCAGCAGCCUUGAUGGCCAUAAGGGAGGCUCAGCCUGGGGAAACGCUUGACCCUCGACUCCUCCGAGUGAAAGAUCAGGCCGGAGAAGAUUGGUAUUACGAUGCCGCGGCAGGUGUUAUCCUGCGAGAGCCGCGCUACUACGACGGCGUCCGGGGCGGCAUCCUCGCCGAGCAAAUGGGCGCCGGCAAGACCCUGAUCUGCCUCGCUCUGAUCCUCGCGACUAAGUCCCUGCCGACACGGGUUCCUGCCCAUUGCCUCCGCGACCGCACUGAGACGGGCCGGAUCAGAUCGCUCGCUGACAUGGCCGCUGCCAAGCUUACAGCCGAAGGUAUUCCGUGGAGAUAUCACUUUGGUGCAGAGUCGGGCUUGGACCACUCGGCAUGUGUCAAGGUACUUACUCGCAACCCCGGCUUUUACCGGCUGCCCUCAUCCAACACUUCCCGGCGAGGUCGCACCAGCACCGAGCCAGCGUACGCAAGAAGAAUCGCGAUCAGCCAUUCUUCGCUGAUUGUUGUACCGAACAAUCUACUCAAGCAAUGGCAAGGGGAAGUCAAGUUGCACACAAUGGACAGUCUCAGUGUUCUUGUUCUGCAUGACAAGGGUCCCGUACCUGCCGUCAGUGAGCUCGCGCUCUAUGAUGUGAUAUUUCUCACGCACUUUCGUCUGGAAAGAAUGGUCAGAGCCGGCACUUGGGAAGAAAACCCCUUGGGAGGCAUCCUCUUCAAGCGAUGUAUCGUAGACGAAGGCCACAAGCUUGGCAACUCUACUCAUAACGCCCGGAGUGAUUUCCUCCUCGGACUUGGCAACAUUCACACAUCGUCCAGAUGGAUUGUUAGCGGUACACCCUCGAAGGGGCUCUACGGAGUGGACGAGCAGAACCGAGAAGAUCAAGGAGCUACGAAGUCGACAGCGGAGCAGUCGAGAGUCACAGAGAAGGGCGACCUGGCAAGGAUAGGAGCGAUAGCGACCCUCUAUCUCAAAGCCCGCCCAUGGGCUAACAGCGGCCUCCAUGGCAGCAAGUCGCCCUGGUCCGUCUACGUCAUGCAGCCAAGACACCUCGCCAGUGGCGCCGGCAGCAGCACGGCGCUGCGGGCGACGCUCAAUUCGCUCAUCAUUCGGCACCGUCUCUCGGAGCUGACCCAUGUGCUUCCGGAAGUUGACGAGAAGACCGUCCUCCUCGAUGGCUCCUACCAGGACAAGCUCUCUCUCAACAUCUUCUCCAUGGUGAUCGUCGCCAACGCGGUGCAGUCGCAGAGGACGGACGCCGACUACUUCUUCCACCAGCGCAACCGCAAGUUCUUGCUUCAGCUAGUACACAACCUCAAGCAGGCGAGUUUCUUCGGAGGGUCUUUCUUCUCGCAUGAUGAUAUUGCCACAUCUCUCGACACAGCGGUCACAUUUUUGGCACGAUGGUAA